AUGAGCGAGAUAAACUCGCAACCAAACACAUCUAAGAGACACAAGGCAGCUUCACCGGGACGUCUAAAAGGCGAUCGCCUACUGAGUCCUGCUGGAAACGAUUUGCUAACUUUGAAGGAAAGAAAAAGAGUUCAUGGUAGAGUUUAUGAGCUCUAUAAAUCUUUUCCUUGUCUGUGGAAGGUGAAAUCAAAACAAUACAGCGACAGAAAUGCUAAGUCUAAGGCGUAUGAUAUUCUCGUGGAAAAAAUGCGCACAGUUGAAGAGAGUGCAAAUCGAGAAAUUGUAGUAAAGAAAAUAAAUUCUUUAAGAACGACGUACAGGGAAGAAUUAAAAAAAGUUCUAGAUUCUGAGAGGUCCGGUGUAGGCACCGACGAUGUAUACGUUCCACAUCUGUGGUACUUUGAGUUACUCAGCUUUUUGCGGGACCAGGAAAGUCCAAGAACCUCUGUGUCAAAUAUGGAAGACGACAAUGAAACGCAGAAUUCUGAGACACAUGGAGUUCAGUCCGAAGAUAAUUCGUCUCAACCAGCCACCCCACAUUCAAUUAUAUCUGAACCACUUACACCUCGGCCAAUACCACAAGCAACUUCUAGAGCAGCAAAAAUGCGUAACGAUAAAUGUGAUGAAGUCCUGGAUGUAACUCAGAAACGCUUUACAAUGCCUUCUGAUGUUGACGCCAAGUUUACGCUCAUUGGAAAAGCUUGGACCUGCAAGUUAAAGGAACUUUCGCAAGUACAAGCAACUCCGAACUCUAAAUCGUUAUUGUACCUUGCAUAUACAACAUCCAUUAUACAAUCAGCAAAUAGUACCGUGUUUACAACCAGGGUCAUCAUAAAAUCAUCAAAUCACGCCAUCUUUGGCGACGCCUCCUUUACAAACAGGACCAUACUCUAA